AUGAUCACGAAAUAUUUUACUAAGGCAGUUGUGAAAUUCAAUCCAUUAGGAAAGGAAGCCAAGACAGCUAGGUUGUUCUUAAGUGCUAUUCCUCCUUCACAAAGAACAAGUGGAUUACAAUUGCAAAACGAAGUUUUGGUUUCUGGCUCUAAUAAGAAACCUACAGUGAAAGUUACUUUCAAAGAUAAAACUGAAUUGGAAGCUGAUCCAAGCAGUAUGAACUUCAUGGAACUAGGGAACUACUUUGAUCGUCAUUCAAGAAAAUUGGCCCUAAAGGAAAGUAUUGAAUCUCAAUGA